UCCAUUAUAUCACCAGGUUUACCAGGAGAGUUGUAUAUGAGAAUGUUAAAAGCUGUUAUUUUACCUCUGAUAGUAAGCAGUGUUAUAGUGGGUGCAGCUUCAGUGGAUCCUAAAUCGAAUGGUAAAAUCAGUGGAAUAGCUAUCACCUAUAUUAUAAUAACUAACCUAGCUGGAUCACUGUUUGGUCUUAUUGUAGCUUUAAUCAUCAAACCAGGUAAAUUGACUGUUUGUUCUGGUCAGAUAGUACAGAUGGAUACUGGGAUACCUGAGACUCGUUUACAAACAGAAGAUAUUUUUGCCGACCUUAUAAGAAAUUUGUUUCCCGAGAACAUUGUAGCCUCGACUUUCCAGAAGACGCAGACCAAGUAUAACAGUCGGGAAUUCCCCUUGAUGAAAAAUAUAUCGGGGGUGAUGACCAAUUCCACCACCACGAGCUACAGUUUGAUAAUUCUUUGUGCUCUAUUGGGAAUGGCUGCUGGGAAAAGAAAAGAAGCCAGCGCACCGUUUAUCAUGUUCUUUGAUGCCACGGAGAAAAUCAUAAGUCAAGUUUUAAACUGGAUCAUCUGGUACACCCCUAUCGGUGUAGCCAGUCUAAUCGCCCACGCCCUGGCUAAAGCAACAGAUAUGACCACCAACUUUACCAGCCUGGGAUAUUUUGUGUUAACUAUAGCAGUCGGUGUUUUAGUGUAUCAGUUUAUUCUAUUUCCUAUUAUGAUAUUCAUCAUCUUUAGAACCAACCCAUACAAGUUUCACCUUAGCGCCGUCAAGGCUCAGAUGACUGCCUUCGUGGCUCUCAGUUCAGCAGUUGCUAUUCCUGACAUGUUUCGCUGUGUUGAGGAGAAGCAUGGCGUUGAUCCUAAGGUUUCUAGAUUUGUUGUUCCGUUAGCUGUAACAUUGAAUCGAGAUGGUAGCGCCCUCUUUAUUUGUGCUACUGCGAUAUAUAUCGGGCAGAUAACUGACAAUCUAACAGCUGGUACUAUCGCUAUGAUGUGUAUUUUAGCGUUUGUUGGAUCGUUAGCAGUACCAGCUAUACCUAGUGCCAGUAUUAUAACUCUUCUAAUUAUUCUCUCAUCUUUAAAUAUUCCACCAGCUAAUAUCGGAUUGAUUAUGGCUCUGGAAUGGUUCACCGACAGAAUACGGUCAACCUGUAAUAGUUAUGGUUGUAUCAUCUGUACAGUGGUUACUUACAAAUAUACUAAACAUUUUCUACAAGAACAAACCUCCACCCUCCUGGCACCGGAUCAACAUAAACUGAAAAGUCCGGAGCCGACGAUGCAAGCUGGUGAUAAAACUAUCUAG